AUUGGUACCUUGCAUGGCAGCCUUCCACUGUUGGUGUGUGAGUGUGUGUGUGUGUGAAUGGGUGAAUGAGAGGCAUCAAUUGUAAAGCGCUUUGGAUAAAAGCGCUAUAUAAAUGCAGUCCAUUUUACACUGGUGCAACACUGGAUAGUCCUUUCAAUGCCUCUCCUCUUCCUUAGAUUUCCUGGUAAAUGUGCCACUAGCAUUCUGUUUUUAUUCAUUCAUGUGGUCAAAAUGGUGUGUUUCAUGAAUCGCAAGAAAGAGGUUUGUGUAAAUGGCUGCAUUAUGUGUAAUUUGGGAUAGUAAUGCGGUGUGGUGUAGACCUAUAUAACUUUCUAUUUUAAAAAAUUAUUUUCUUUAUUGUUAUUGGCUAGAUAAGAAUGUUUUCUGUAAGUGUGCAAUACCAUAGCUACUCCACCGUCUCAUCCCCAUUUAAAUCAGACUUCUGUUUAGAGAAUGGUUUCCCGUGCAUAAUUGGGUGUUAAAUACAGAGACUGUUCAAUACAGUGAUUGCUAAAUGGAUUCUCAAUUUUAAAUUUACCGUUGCAUUAAAACAAUAUCAAGCAAUUGAUGAUGAAGCGUCACAUUUUUAAUGAGGUGACUCAAGAAAGAAAAAAAAGAGCGUGGGAACAGAACGGUUUGCACGCAUACAGCACGUGAAAGUGACGUCCUGACUCAUGCAACCCCCCUGUCAGAUAAAUUUGAUUAGCUGAGCCCUUUGCAACGGUAUGGCAACGGUACAACCAUCUUGAGGAACUCUCAUCUUGCUUAAAAUAAGAAGUUUGAGCUUCACAUUUCACAUGUAAAUGGCGAGCAAGACCCAGCUUGAGAUUAAUGACAGCGCUUUCUACCCAGGGAUUAAUUUUCAUUUCAUUUCAAUUAUUGGCAAUGUGAAUAUACACAAUAUGAUCUUGUUACACAAUUCCGCAUAUUAGUAGGCUAUAAAUAAGUGCCUUGUUACAAUAGGUUUUGCCUACAGUAGCAAAUCUGGUCAAUGCAGGCCAGUUUAGCUACUGUUGCUGAAAUAUAGCUAAUUAUGAUUUGGAAAUGUAUGGAUAGGCGAAGUUAUCUAGUCUAAGUGGAUCUUGGUCUGCAAUGAGAACAAUAGUAACUGUAACAUGUUUCAGAUAAUGUACUUUACAUUACUGACAAUGUUAAACCUAAAAAUUGUUCAGUCAAAAUAUAGACUUGUUUACCACACAAUUUUAGUACGGCAUUAACUAGCUAGUAGCAUACUGCCUGGAAAUAUUAUCUAGCUUGUUCAGCUAACAAAAGCCUAUCUUGUGUUCCAUUCAGUAGUUGGCCUACCAAAAAUGAGCUUGAUGACUGCAUAGAGACUAGGCGUUGGCCAGCUACCCAUUAUAACGUUAACUUCUCCGUCCUGAAACAGUUUUUCUGAAGCAAGCAAGAAAUUUGGGAAAAUAUGGACGUCCACAGCUGCACUGGUAUCGGUGAUUAUGAAAUAUUGGUUGAAAUCGGAGAGGGCGCCUAUGGCAAAGUGUACAAAGCCAGAGAGACGAAGGACAAGCAACGCCUCGUCGCACUGAAGAAGCUGAAUAUACCAAACGACCCGGAGAGCGGCAUACCUGCGUUCAUGAUCCGGGAGGUGGCGCUGUUGCGAAAAACUGAGUGCUUCAACCACCCAAAUAUUGUGAAGUUACUAAACGUAUCGGCCGGACUACGGAAUCGAACCUUGGACUUAACGUUGGUUUUUGAGUACAUCGAUCAAGACUUGACAACGUUCCUUGCGUCAGCCCCACCGAGCGGAUUGAGUCUGGAAAAAAUUAAAGAUAUGAUGCGUCAGCUGUUGACCGGGCUGGAUUUUCUCCACACCAACAUGCUGGUGCACCGCGACCUGAAGCCGGACAACGUGCUGGUCAGCAGCCGAGGGGAGGUGAAGAUCGCCGAUUUUGGGCUGGCCCGAAUCUACAGCCAUCAGAUAGCUCUCACGCCCUGUGUGGCGACGCUGUGGUACAGGGCCCCAGAGGUGCUCCUGCACUCUGUGUACAUGCCCUCUGUGGACAUGUGGAGCGCAGGCUGCAUCUUCGCUGAGCUCUUCCUCCUCAGGCCCUUGUUCCGCGAGUUCUCCGAGGCGCGGCUGCUGCAGAAUAUCUUUGACAGUGUCUGGCGUUCAACCCCGCCAAGCGGAUCUCGGCCUCCAGGGCGCUGGCCCACUCUUUCCUGACUGGACCCUGAAGGGGGGCGGAGCCUGAGGCGGAAAUCUGGGGGUGCGGUGCCCCGGUCUGGGCCAAGCUCUACAGAAUAAGUUUUUCUGCUGAAAUUGAACUUUGAUUUCCCAGCUGACUGAAUACCCAUUAUUGAGCAGGUGCUGAUUUUCCCAGUUCCUUUGGAUUCCUUGUGUCGUAAGGUGCAUCUUAUAAUGUGAAAUGAGAGAGCCCGGAACCGCACGGCGAAAAUAGCGGUAUCCUGGGAGAGGAACAGCUGACUGAGUCUGAGCCAUCAUGCAUAACAAAUGCUCAGUGUUCAUUUCCUUCUCAUUUGUAGAAUUUGUAGUUCUUUGUAGUUCUUGACAUCUGAAAGAAAAUUAUUCAAAUUGCACCAAGCUCCCCCCGUCCCCCCACCCCCACUUGCAGAUAUUCAUACAGUAACGAUGCGCUGCUUUAAGAUAUCACCUCAGGUAUUAUUAACGAAUGAUACCAGACGGAUGGACAUUGUAAUAAUGACGUCAAAUUCCACGCUGCUGCAGGUUGUGACCAUUACAAAAUAUUCAUGAAAUUAAUGUUUUUUAUUCACCAGCACAUUGUGUUUUGAGUGCAUGGUGUGUGUUUGUGGUGACUGCUAAGGGGUUUGUACUGUUCAUAUCUGUCUUGUAUUGUUGUUGGAUGGGCUUUUAAUAAAAGGAGAAAUAAAACAAAAAAUAAGUUUUUACAA